GCUUGCUCUGCUGGCUUUUUUGGAUUUUGGAUCUUCCGUGAGAACUCUCUCACAACUCACACAACAACUCUCUACAACCCGUCGAAAACGCCAAUAUUUCUAUUGUUGUUUUUGAUGAGAUCAUAGAUUACCGGUACUUGGUCUUUAGUAUGAUGAUGAAAGCAGUUGGAUUUCGAGAAGCAGGCCCCAUUGACAAGGCGGAUGCGUUGGUGGAUGUAGAGCUACCCAAACCUAAUGCCACUGGACGAGACCUGUUGGUGAAGGUGUGUGCGGUUUCGGUCAAUCCAGUAGAUACCAAAGUGCGGUCAGGCAAGAUACCCAAGGGCGAUGCCGAAGUGCGUGUGUUGGGCUUUGAUGCUGCCGGUGUCAUUGAGCAAGUGGGGAACGAAUGUGCCAAUACUAGCAACCUGAAAGUGGGUGACGAGGUUUACUACAGCGGUUCCAUUGCUCGACCGGGUACCAACAGCGAGUAUCAUUUGGUGGACGAACGCAUCGUGGCGCACAAGCCAACCUCCUUGUCCAUGGUACAAGCAGCCGCCCUUCCUUUGACGACCAUUACAGCUUGGGAAAUGCUGUUUGACCGAUUGGAUGUCAAUAAGCCGACCGUGCAAGGUGGCGAUACGAUUCUGAUUAUUGGAGGUGCCGGUGGUGUCGGGUCCAUGGCUAUCCAGCUCCUCCGAGCUCGAACGGAAAUGACUGUCAUUGCCACGGCGUCGCGCGAUGAAACCAAGGAAUGGGUCCAAAAAUUAGGAGCUCAUCAUGUCAUUAAUCAUCGACAACCCAUGGCGCCGCAAAUCAAAGAAAUGGGUAUUCCCGCUCCUGGAUUUGUCUUUUCCACAACCAACACAGAAGAUCAUUUGCUCGAUAUCGUGGAACUCAUGCCACCACAAGGGCGAUUGGGAUUGAUUGAUGAUCCCACCAAUGCCUUUCCCAUAAUGGCGCUGAAAAAGAAGUCCAUCUCUUUGCAUUGGGAACUCAUGUUUACACGCCCUGUGUUUCAAACCAUCGAUAUGGACGAGCAAGGCAAGUUGCUGGAAAAGGUGGCAAAACUAGUGGAACAGGGCAAAAUCCAAUCUACAGCAACCUUUACGGCUGGAAAGAUUGAUGCUGCCACCUUGACCAAAGUUCAUACCGUUAUUGAAUCCGGCAAGGCCAAAGGAAAGAUCGUCUUGGAGGGAUUCUAGAGAUCUAAAAGUCGAUUUGAACAAUUCAUAAUAAUUUAGGCUAUCGUAAAGGUGCUGUUCUUACUUAUUACUUCGGCUGCUUACAAUGCACAGUAAUGAGAGGUACAGCCGCUUAUAGCUAUUGUUUUUGCUUUUUGG